AUUUGGUGCGGCAACGCUGAAAAGGCUACAACAUGCCGCGCUCGUCCGCGUAUGACAGGGACUCUGCCGACGAAGGGUUAGAAAGGAAAUCCAUCAGCAAAUGGACCCCCGAGGAAGAUGCACUCAUGAUGGAGUUAGUGCAGACACAUGGCACCCGGAGAUGGAGUGUCAUUGGCAGCUUGCUAUCUGGACGCAACGGCAAGCAGUGCCGUGAACGGUGGCACAAUCAGUUAGACCCAUCGAUUCGCAAGGAUCCGUGGACAUCCGACGAAGAGACGUUGUUGAAGGUGGCCCAUCACAAAUAUGGUAACAAGUGGGCUGAAAUCGCCAAACUCCUGCCGGGUCGUACGGACAACGCAAUCAAGAACCACUGGAACUCGUACAAGCGAAGGGGGCAUCGCGCCAUGCUUCACAGAGCCAAGGCGUCGACGAUGUCUCCGCUGCCUCAACCGUUCAUGGAGCCAACUCCCAUCUCCGAGCAUGUAGCUUCCGAUCUGAGCCGCCAUUCCAUGCUGCCUGGCAAUCUCAAGCAGGAACAGCAGCAUUUCAUGUACGACCAAUCGUCUUUGGCGUUCCCCGACACGAAACAGAAGCAGUUUGCGUAUAUGAUGUUGCCUCAUCAAUUCCACCCGCUGAUGCAGCAGCCGCUCCAUUCAUCGCCGCAGAAUGCGUCCAGCAACACUCCGUUGUUCCCGCACCAACAUCACGACCUUCAACUUCAGCAUCAUCACCACAACCAUCCCUCGACGCAAAACAAAGAAAACCAUGGCGGUUCUCAGCCUCAACUGACCGUGCUGGCGGACGCCGCCGCCGUCCAAACCAUUGUCUUGUAGAUAGAGAAGCCAUGACCUUUCAUUCAUUAGUAUAAUCCAAACUUACCCUGAUCAUGAAAUUCACUUGCUCAUUAAGUCACAGGCUUGUGGUGAUGCCACGUCAUCUUGAACUGGCACGACUCGGCCGUUCAAGCUCACGUACACUCCAGGUGGAAU